CAGCCCUUCUUUUGUUAGUGUUUUAAGCCAGCGAGGGAGGAGAAGAAUCUCGGGAGAGACAGAAAGCGACGAUUGGUUGGUGAACUUUUUGGAGCAUCUUUUUGGGGAAUUGGAAAAUUAUUUCAAUGGCGACUUCGAAGCUUCAAGCUAUCUGGAAUCACCCUGCCGGUCCUAAAACCAUUCAUUUCUGGGCACCGACGUUCAAGUGGGGUAUUAGCAUUGCCAACAUUGCAGACUUUGCCAAACCUCCGGAGAAACUUUCUUAUCCUCAACAAAUCGCUGUUACAUGCACUGGAGUAAUCUGGUCUCGCUACAGCAUGGUAAUCAAUCCGAAAAACUGGAACCUCUUCAGCGUUAAUGUUGCUAUGGCAGGGACAGGCAUAUACCAGCUUGCUCGUAAAAUAAAGCACGAUUUCGCAACCGAAGCUGAGCCAGCUGUUGCGAACGAAUGAUUAUGAUGACGAAGCUGAGCACAUUCAAAAGGAAAACUGGAUAUCAUCUUGCUUCUGUUUGAAAGUUUAGUCCAAGAUAUUUUAUUUUCUUUGCAUUCCCAGAUCUUCUGGGUCGGAUUACAAUAUCGUUUUCAAGGUUUUUAAAGUAUUCUGGUUUGAUCUUUGUUCCAAUGAUAAAAGGAGAUCAAAAGCUCCCCUUCAUAUGCUGUUUUCAAAGUAAAAAGUACUCCACAGAGAAGUUAAAUGUAUGUGAUGUUGAAUCAAAUUGUUCAGACAAAAAGACCAGAAAUUUCCUAUGAAUUGAAUGUUUAGUCUGAAUCAA